AAAAAAAAAAAAACAAGUAUUUUUGAGUUAUAAUUGUGAUUGAGAGGUUUUAGUUAGGGCUUUGAACUUUAAUAACCAAAAUGGGGAAGAAGUUCUCCGGCCGAAGAUGUGGCGGCGCCGGCGGAGGUUCCUUCUCUCAAUCCAAACGAAACAUGCUCCUCCGCCGUGUAGAUUCCUUCAAGCACUUCCAUUCCUCAACCCUUGAUGAAAUCGUCGAUUAUCUCCGUUCCUCUUACCCCGAUUACAAGCGUUGUCAGCUCCAACCUUUCACCAGGUUCGUCCAGCAAACCCUAGACUCCACUCCACGCCGUCUCAACAACCCUAAACCAUUGGUCUUUGACGACGAUGAAGAAGAAGAAGACGACAACGACGAAGAUUGUGGUGGUCCGAGUAGUUCCCGAAAGAAGCCUAAGAAAGGUGCUCCUGAUGAGAGCGAAGAGAGAUUACGACGUAUGGAGGAAGCUCGUAUUGCUAGAAUUCGGAGGAACGAUCAGGAUAGUAGUUCGUCUGAGUCGGAGGAAGAAGAGUCUGGUGAGAGCGAUGAGGUGACUUCCGAAGAUGCUGUGUAUGGAGAAGAAUUGGAGCCGAAAUUUGACCUAAUGAAAUCGAUGUUAAGAGAAUCGUAUACACCGAAAUCUUCCAAGGUAGCGGAGAAGGAGAAGAAUAUUGAGAUGGAGCUUCCUGAUCGAGAAAAGGUUGGGUUUACGAGUGAUGGUCGAGCACCAAAUAGUUUACCUAAUGAAUCGAAGAAGGAAGUAAAGGGUUCGAGUUCUGUAACUGAUGUUGAGGUGAGGGGGAAUGAUGGUCCGAGGUUUAAGGAUUUGGGUGGAAUGAAGGAGGUGUUGGAGGAGCUUGAGAUGGAAGUUAUUGUCCCGCUUUACCAUCCUCAGCUUCCUCGGUGGCUUGGAGUUCGUCCCAUGGCUGGUAUUCUCUUGCAUGGUCCUCCUGGCUGUGGUAAGACCAAGUUAGCUCACGCCAUUGCUAAUGAGACUGGUGUACCAUUUUACAAGAUUUCUGCAACUGAGAUUGUUUCUGGUGUCUCAGGUGCAUCUGAAGAAAAUAUAAGGGACCUUUUCUUGAAAGCACAGAGGACAGCCCCCUCGAUUGUAUUUAUUGAUGAAAUUGAUGCUAUUGCUUCAAAAAGAGAAAAUUUACAACGAGAGAUGGAGCGUCGAAUUGUGACACAAUUGAUGACUUGUAUGGAUGAAUCUCACAGGCUUGUAAAGCCGACUGAUGAUAGUGCAGACUCACAAUCUCAUGGUUUUGUUCUUGUUAUUGGAGCUACUAAUAGACCUGACGCUGUUGAUUCUGCACUAAGGAGACCUGGGCGUUUUGAUCGGGAAAUUGCCUUGGGUGUGCCCGAUGAAAAUGCAAGAGCUGAGAUUCUUUCUGUCCUUGCUAAAGACCUAAGGGUUGAAGGUUCGCUUGAUCUAUUUAAAAUAGCAAGGGCUACCCCAGGUUUUGUUGGAGCUGAUUUGUAUGCGCUGGCUAACAAGGCGGGUAACCUUGCAAUGAAAAGAUUUCUAGAUGAAAGAAAGUCUAAAUUAACAAGAAAUUGUAUAGAUGAGGAGUAUAAUGAAGGGUGGUGGAAGGAACCUUGGCUUCCCGAAGAAAUGGAAAGGCUUAACAUCACUAUGGCAGAUUUUGAGGAAUCUGUUAAACUUGUUCAACCUUCUUCAAUAAGAGAAGGCUUCUCUGCUAUUCCCAAGGUAAAAUGGGAAGAUGUUGGCGGGCUAGAUCUUUUGAGGCAAGAAUUCGAUCGAUAUAUAGUUAGGCGUAUUAAACAUCCUGAGGAUUAUGAGGGUUUCGGAGUAGAUUUAGAGACAGGAUUUUUGCUAUAUGGUCCUCCCGGAUGUGGUAAGACAUUGAUAGCGAAAGCUGUUGCUAAUGAAGCGGGAGCUAACUUCAUUCACAUUAAGGGUCCUGAACUUUUGAAUAAAUACGUUGGAGAAAGUGAACUGGGUGUUCGGACAUUGUUUAGACGUGCGAGGACAUGUGCGCCAUGCAUACUUUUCUUUGAUGAGGUGGAUGCCUUGACAACCAAGCGUGGGAGAGAAGGGGGAUGGGUUGUUGAGCGGCUACUGAACCAGCUACUUGUAGAGUUAGAUGGCGCAGAGCAGCGGCGAGGCGUAUUUGUAAUCGGUGCCACAAAUCGACCUGAAGUUAUGGACAAUGCCCUUCUCCGGCCUGGAAGAUUCGGUAAGCUUCUCUAUGUACCUCUGCCGAGCCCCGAUGAACGCGGUUCAAUUUUGAAAGCUUUAGCAAGGAAGAAGCCAGUAGAUGCUAGUGUGGAUUUGAGUGCCAUUGGACGGAUGGAAGCGUGUGACAAUUUCAGUGGCGCCGACCUAUCUUCACUGGUAAAUGAAGCUGCUAUGGCUGCUCUUGAUGAGAAACAAACUACCACAGAAGCCAAAUUGGAUGGAGCUUCUGUACUACGUACCAUCAAAACACCUCACUUUGAGCUCGCCAUGUCUAAAUUAUCUGCGUCGGUAAAAGCCAAGCAAAAACAGUACUACAAAAUACUAUCAGAGAGCUUACAAUCUUGAUUUCAUUUCGUUUGGUAAGAGGUAUUUUGUUAAUGUUCAUAAGGGAGCUAAGGGAGAAAUACCUCACAAAUUUUGAUUAUUUUAUUUACUAACAAAGUUGUCUUUACUAUAAUUUUGUGUCUUCCAAUUUUGUUUGUUACAUUUUGAUUUUGGGUUGAUUAAUAAGGUGGUGUAAGAAAUUUUUUUCUUUUUUAGUUCCUUGUUGCAUAUCAAGGUUUUGUCAGAAAAAAAAAAGUGUAUCCAAAAUUAAAAAUUGAAGAAAACUUGAUCAAGUUAUUUGGCUAUAUAUUUCAAAAAAGUGUUUAUUUAA